AUGGCUCCAUUAAUCAGACCCGCCGGGUCUGCCGGUCCUGUCUCUGGCUUCCCGUCAUUAAAUCAAAAUCGACAACCACCAAGUGAACCCGCGGUUAUUGAGAUUGAUGACGAUGAUGAUGAACCCAUGGAUGAUGAAGAGGAAGAAGACGACGAGGAGGAGGAAGACGAGGUCUUAGAAGACGAGGAUGACGAUGAGGACAUGGAUGACGGGGAUGAGAACGGAGAGCUGGAGGAGGACGAAUCCAUCGAAGACAUGAAUGGUAGCGAAUCGCCUCUUCACCUCGUGGCCGCUACGAAUGGCCAGAAUGGGUUUGACGCCGCCGCUUCAGAAUUCUUCACCUCCGCAGGAGCACAGGAAGCAUUGCAUCCCCUUCGCCGCACUGCCGACAGAGUUACGCGCCAAAUCGAAGCGUUUGCGGAACGACUAGACCGUUUUAAGCAAAAGGGCAAUCGCGCUGACGAGUUCGGAAGCUACCAGGCCGUUUAUCAGUUGGUGAAGGGAUACGAGACAAUCGCGCAAGACGCCAUCCAUGAUGUCUCAAGACAGGACACUCUGAAGAAAGCAAAGCUCGGAUGGAGUUUCAGCAAGACCAAUGGUACCGCACAGCGCGAUCCCAAGACUGAGGAGGAACUUCAACGACUACAAUUAGAAGCAAACACCUGGCAGCUUCUGUUGAACUUGAUCAGUGUUGAUGACCCUGCCAGCAGGGCUAGCUACCGAAAAGCACAAGAAACCGUGUUCCAGAAUCUCCAUCGGUAUUCCUCGGAUCGCGAAGUCUGGGAACAGUUCUUGAAGGUAGAUCAAUAUGCGCUGGAAUGUGUUCUCACUAUGAAGUGGCUGGAACAUACAGCGAAGAACUCUACUCAGGACAUUGACUCGCUGAUCUCGGAAUUGGAAAUCCAGGCCGAAAGAGGACAAGGCGCAUGGGCUCAUGGGUGGCUCUACACCAAGGAGACGAUCAAGGGACAAAAGCGACUGCGUGCCUGGCCACAACCUCUCGAGCCCAAUGACCCGAACAUUACCGCUUCACUUCUGACGUCCGAUCAAUCCGAGCCUAUGGUUACCCAGUUAGAUCCCGACGCAGUCACUCGCCAGAAACAGAAUCUCCAGAGGAAGGACCAGUUCUACGAGCGUGCCACUUGGAUGACGUGUUGGAAGAUGCUGAGGCAAGGUGAAAACUGGACAAAGAUCAGAGAUUGGGCGGCAGAUCGCCUGGAGAACUGGCGGGCAGUGAGCCUCUGUGGCUCUAGCGUUGACGCCAACUCGGGCGGGGAGAACACCCCCAUCGACGAUGGGACUACGCGCAUGAUGAACUGGCGGUCUCAGGACUCCUGGAGAGCUGCUUGCUCAAGCCUAGCUAGGGAUCCGAAGACGGAAGAUUUCGAGCGGGCCGUUUACGCGCUGUUGAGCGGCGAGUCGGAAGCGGCCUUCAAGGUGUGCCAGAGUUGGGACGACUAUCUCUACGUUUACUUUAACAAUGUCGUCUUGUCACGCUACAAAGGCUUUUGCAAGCAGUUUCAGCGAAAACUCAACCAUUCGCCAACGACUCCUGUCGUCUUCACACCGGAGCCUGCUGGAUACGCAGAUUUCAACAAGUUCGUGUUGUACACCAGGGGCAACGAUCGAAUUGGCGGAGAGGCUCGGAAUCCAUACCGAACAAUACAGGCCGCUAUUCUGGGCAAAAGCUAUGAUGUCUUCUUCAACGCCUUGGCCAAGGCCGUCUCACAAGCAGCUAUCAAUAGAGGCGAACCCAGUUUUGUGCCCAACCUCUCGCCGACAAGUGUGGAUGACUCUUUUCUCAUCACGGCUGAGGAUAGUGAUGCGUUGAGGAUUGCCACCCACCUCUAUGUUGUCGCCAGCGCCAUUGGGUACGUCCGAAACGACACAGAAUUUAUCAACACCGCAUCCGUAAAUGUGGUUGGUUAUAUCGCCGAUCUUGAGGACGUUGGCGUUGUUAACAUGAUCCCGCUUUAUGCCUCACUUCUGCCGAAGGACCUCGCCUACUCUGUGCUUGGCCAAGUCUUGAUUGAAAUAGUUGAUCCGAGAGAGAGGCGGAUGCAGGUACAGUUAAUGCAUACGCAUGAUAUAGACAUCGAAGCAGUCAUUCGCAAACAGUGGGACAUGGUUACCUCUAGUGUUUCUGCAGUGGACCGUUCAAGGACAAUCAGGCGGUUCCCCAAAGUGGUCAGCCGCAAGGAUGGCCAUCGCGAGUUGGUGCCCGUGAAGAAGGAUUUCAUUGGAACAGACCUUUCGAUGGACGAUGAACGAGUCAUUCGUAGCCUCGAAUGGCUUCGCUACAUUGAUGGACAAUGGGGCAGAAUAUGCUACCUGGGGGCUUCCCUUUACCGGAGAUUCUAUCUUACGGGUAAACUCCCGGCAGCUCGCGAGCUCAGCAGGCGUAUGUAUCUAUCGGAGAUCUCCCGCGAGUCAUAUGGUUUCGAUAUCGCAGAGUUCCCCAUAGAUGCCGAAGACGGAACCGAUGCUGGCACUCCAGAACCUUCUAGCCCGACAAAGACAAGAGUAUACGGGCAUAAGCGAAACAAAUCCAGCAAUAGUCUACCGUCUACCGCCGAGACUAGGCUGCUCUAUACACAAUCACAAACGAUGCGUGACCUAGAAGAGCUUAUCCUGGCAUUUGACGCAUUGGAACGAUUUGCCACUGUCUGCGAGAAGCUUGACAAGACCAAGCGUCGACGAGAUUCUGGAACCAUCAAAGGUCUCAGAGACGAAUUGCAAGACGCUUUAGACGGAGUCAGCGUGCAUAUCGAUGCCGUCCUCUACGACUGGCUAGUCAGCGCUCAAGACCAGGCCGAACUCGCCGACCUAGAAGAAAUCCGAAGCACCUACAUUCCCGAACUCUUCCUUGAUUACCACAGCGCCCUCUACUACUCCGCCCACGUUAUCAGCAGCGAUAUCCUAGUACAGUGCAUGAACCUGGCAAUGCAGGUCGCCGAGAACGAGUUCCUGACUCGCAGCUUCGUUGCCUCGCGGCGUAUGACCGAGCUCAUGGACGCCCUGGCCCUCUCCAGCAAGGCGAUGGUCAAUGCGCGCGCAAAGUCCAACGUGAGGCUUUUGGGCGGCGAGACUCUCAGGAUCUGGAAUGUGCAGGUGCCCGCGGAUCAGGAGGAGGAGAUGCUCCGUGAAGCGCAGUGA